UUCAUUAUUUACGUGAACUUUUUCCGUUUUAUACGUAUAUAAUAUUGCUCUUUUCCGAGCAAAAUUGUGUAUUCAAACAGGCGUUAGUAAAUAGUACGUAAUAUUAUUUUUCAUAUUUCACGUAGGCAACAACAGCGUUGUCCGCCGACCGUUUUACCGGCGUUCGUCAACAAGUACCUCAACGUUUUUGUUUGGUUUUGUCUAACAUAGAUAGAACGCUACGCCCGUCCAUUGUUUGUUACCGCUCGGAACCAGUCGUUUGUUUAGUUUCGUCAACUAUAAUCACCAAUACUCAGUGAGUAAACAAACAUUAAUUACUUUUACAACUGUACUGUUAUUGUUAUAAAUAACAUAUAUAUAUAUAUAUUAAAAAAAAUAAAUAAACGUUGCGACAUGAGUGACGAGAGCAACCCUCGUACAUUGUACGUUGGAAAUUUAGACCCAUCUGUAACGGAAGAUUUAUUAUGUGCCCUUUUCACAAAUAUUGGACCAGUCAAUGCUUGCAAAGUAAUUCGAGAGCCAGGUAGUGAUCCUUAUGCCUUUCUUGAGUUUGAUACGCACACUGGUGCUGCCACGGCUUUAGCUGCGAUGAAUGGGCGCUUAUUUUUGGAUAAAGAAAUGAAAGUUAACUGGGCUACUACACCUGGUAAUCAACCAAAACUUGAUACUAGCAAUCAUUAUCAUAUAUUUGUUGGUGAUCUUAGUCCCGAAAUAGAAACACACACACUAAAAGAAGCAUUUGCUCCUUUUGGAGAAAUUUCUAAUUGUCGAAUAGUGCGUGAUCCUCAAACAUUAAAAUCAAAGGGAUACGCUUUUGUAUCAUUUGUCAAAAAGUCUGAUGCAGAAAAUGCUAUUAACUCUAUGAAUGGACAAUGGUUAGGUAGCAGAAGUAUUAGGACAAAUUGGUCUACUAGAAAACCACCACCACCUAGGGCACCAAAUAAGUAUAGUGGGUAUAGAGCAGUUACUUUUGAUGAUGUUUAUAAUCAGUCUAGCCCAACAAAUUGUACAGUAUAUUGUGGAGGUAUUGUUGAAGGGUUAACAGAAGAACUUGUAGAGCAAGUAUUUUCUAGGUUUGGCACAAUAGUAGAAAUUAGGGCGUUCAGAGAUAAAGGAUAUGCAUUUAUUAAAUUUUCUACAAAGGAAGCAGCAACUACAGCAAUUGAAGCAGUACACAAUACAGAAAUCAAUGGACAUCCCGUAAAAUGCUUCUGGGGUAAAGAAUCAGGAGAUCCCAAUAGCGCUGCCAAUUUAGCUGCACAAGCUGCUGCAGGAGCUGAAAAUAGUGCUGGUCAGUACUCAUACAAUAUGGCUUAUAAUCAAGGUAUGAAUUACUGGUAUCCUUAUGCACAAAUGCAAGGUCAGUAUGUACAAGGCAUGCAAGCUGGUUAUGGUGGAGCUGCUGCAUAUGGUCAAUAUACUGGAUAUCCUUAUCAGAUGGGCAAUGCUACUGCUUAUCAAAUGGGUAAUGGAGCUGGACAACCAGCAAAUGGGCAACAAAUGUCUACACCUGCCAAUAUGCCAGCUGGAGUUUACUCUAUGCAGUAUCCAAGUCAGUGACAACAAGUAAAAUAGAUUUCUUAAAAUGUUGAAAUCUUAUUGUUUUCUCAUUUGUGCUCUGUAUAUAUAUACUUAUAAAAACAUAAAUUACUAAAAUAUUAGAAAGCAAAUGUAUGAAAAUAAACAUUAAUUUAAUUUAAC